ACCCCCUCUCUAUCUCUCUAUUCAGCUAAAACAGAUGAAGUCCUGCGUGCCAAGGUGAAGAGAGAAGAGGAGACCAAAAAGGCAAAGGAUGAAGCGGGGAUGUCUCUGGAGCAGCAGGUGAUGCGGAUAAAGGACAUCGAGGCCAUCGAGAGCGACUCUUUUGUUCCUCAGGCUUUCAAAUCAUCCCGGGAGGCCCAGAAGGCCCCAGAGCUGGUGGAGGUGAAGAAGGAGUCGGUGAGUUCUGAUUGGUCGUCUGAGCAGCAAGCUCAGGGCCCUCUGCCCACCACCAUCAUCUACAACGACAACGAUGGAGACACUCUGGCCCACCCCAGCUUGUUCCUGGAUAAGGAGGCGGCCGAGGAGCUGUGGCUGAACAGACUGGUCUCCCUGCGCCAGGAGAGGCUCAUGGGAAGUCCUGUGCCAUGAAGCGGACAAAACCAUCCCUCUCAGAACCAGUCUAACUAGGACCGCAGAACCAUCUCUCUCAGAACCAGUCUAACUAGGACCGCAGAACCAUCCCUCUCUGAACCGGUCUAACUAGGACCGCAGAACCCACACUCCUACCUUGACUCAGAAGCCGAACUGCAGGACCCUGACCACAAAUCCCAAAUUGCAGAACCAUCACUAAGAACCCACACUAAAGAACCAACAGGGUUGCUCUCCCUGUCUCAGAACCCUGAUUUGAUCUGUUACUCUGUUACUGCUGAACGAGGUGAUUAGGUGGACACAAGUUCAUCAACUCAAAUGUGUGACAAACGGCCCUGAUGUCUGGGAAAGAAAGCCUUAGUGUGUUUACUGUGCGAGUAGUGGAAGUCUGCUCCCCACAGCCCUGAGUGAACUGAUGGUAGUGUUUUAAUUAGGAGAUAAUUAUGUGUUUGUCAAGCAGACUGGCUUUAACAGUAAUGCCAGCGGUAACAGAAAUACCCUGCUGUGAUCCUAAGUUCUUCUGAGAUCAUUAUGUGUUUUUGGAUUUUUACCUCAAUAAACCUUUAAAUGGCA